UUUUUAUGAAAAGUUUAUUGAAACUUUUGAUUCUGCAAACGGCAAGGAUAUUCUCACCACUGUCAUCAAGGAGCUUUUCGAACACUACUACUCCUAUUCUGCGUUACUCACUAAGAUUACCAUAUCUCAGCACCUUACAAUUCAACUUUGCUAUAAGAAAUAGAAGCUGCCACAGCAUGGCAGAGCAACGUUACUGUGUAGAAUACGCCAAGCGCGGAACUGCAGGCUGCAAGAAAUGCAAAGAAAAGAUAGCAAAAGGCAUGGUACGAAUUGGAAAAAUAGUUCCAAAUCCUUUUAGUGAAUCAGCAGGAGAUAUGAAGGAGUGGUACCAUGUCAAGUGCAUGUUUGAGAAGUUGGAGCGUGCACGGGCAACUACAAAGAAGAUUGAUGACCUCACCGAGCUUGAGGGUUGGCAAGAGCUACAGGACGCUGAAAAGGAAAUGAUUAAUCAGCAUGUAAAAGAGCUUGCUGCUAAAGCUGGAGCUGCACCAACACCUCGGAAAAAGACUCCUUCAAAGGCGAAUCAACCCCCGACAGCACCAAGUGCAUCUCCAUCAACAAUGCCUGCACCGAGCCCUUCACCUUUAAAGUUUUCUGGGUUUUCAGCAAAGCCUGAAUCCUCACAUUCGGCAUCCAGUUCCAGUAGUGGUUCAAGUCUGUCUGCAGCAAAAUGUGAUCCAAAACACAAGGACUGUCUACUGCGUGAAUUCCGCAAAGUAUGUGCCAUGGUUGCAGAGCAGCCAAGCUAUAAUGCCAAGACCCAGAUCAUCCAGGAUUUCCUAACAAAAGGAACUGGUGGAGAUGGUUUCCAUGGAGAUACAUACUUGACAGUGAAACUGCUAUUACCCGGUGUUAUCAAGAGUGUUUACAACCUCAACGAUAAACAGAUUGUCAAGCUCUUUAGUCGUAUAUUCAACUGCAACCUAGAGGAAAUGGUUCGAGACCUUGAGCAGGGAGAUGUGUCAGAGACCGUUCGGAUUUUCUUUGAAGAGAGUAAAACCUUCUCCCCAGCUACUAAGAGUCUCCUGACAAUUCAAGAAGUAGAUGACCUGCUCAACCAGCUUUCUAAAAUGACCAAAGAAGAAGACCAGCAGAAAGUACUGGAGGACAUUGCACACAGAUGUACCAGUAAUGAUCUGAAGUGCAUCAUUCGGCUAAUAAAGCAUGAUUUGAAAAUGAAUGCAGGAGCUAAACACGUACUUGAUGCUCUCGAUCCUAAUGGACAUGAUGCAUUCAAAGCAUCCCGCAAUUUGGAAGAUGUGGUGGAACGUGUGCUACAAAACCAGCAGCAGGCACCAGGCAUGAAACGCACACUUAGCGUAAAGGCUACGCUAAUGACGCCUGUUCAGCCUAUGUUGGCUGAGGCCUGCAAAUCUGUAGAGUAUGCUAUGAAGAAAUGUCCAAAUGGAAUGUAUGCAGAGAUAAAGUAUGAUGGAGAACGCGUCCAGGUGCACAAAAACGGUGAUCACUUCAGCUAUUUUAGCCGUAGUCUGAAGCCAGUUCUUCCCCACAAGGUUGCUCAUUUCAAAGACUAUAUUCCCAAAGCUUUCCCUGGUGGCAAUAGCAUAAUCUUGGACUCUGAAGUGCUUCUUAUCGAUACCAAGACCAGCAAACCCCUUCCAUUUGGAACGUUAGGAGUUCACAAGAAAGCUGCUUUCCAGGAUGCCAAUGUAUGCCUCUUUGUUUUUGACUGCAUAUAUUUUAAUGGUGUCAGCUUAAUGGACAGGCCAUUAGUUGAGAGACGAAAGUUUAUGCGUGAAAAUAUGGUGGAAAUCCCUAACCAUAUAUUGUUCUCAGAAAUGAAACAUGUCACGAAAGCAUCAGAUUUGGCAGACAUGAUUACCCGAGUAAUCAGAGAAGGUUUAGAAGGCCUUGUGCUAAAAGAUUUGAAGUCAAUGUAUGAGCCAGGAAAGCGUCACUGGCUGAAGGUGAAAAAGGAUUACUUGAAUGAAGGUGCUAUGGCGGACACUGCUGAUCUUGCAGUUUUGGGAGCAUUUUAUGGAAAAGGAGCAAAUGGUGGUAUGAUGUCUAUAUUCCUUAUGGGAUGUUAUGACACAGAGAGCGGCAAGUGGUGCACAGUGACAAAAUGCUCAGGUGGUUAUGAUGAUGCAACGCUUGCCCGUUUACAAAAGGAGCUGGAAAUGGUCAAGAUCAGCAAGGACCCAUCUAAAAUCCCUUCAUGGCUGAAAAUCAACAAGAACUAUUACCCGGACUUCAUAAUACGGGAUCCUGAGAAUGCCCCUAUCUGGGAGAUUACAGGAGCAGAGUUCUCCAAGGCAGAGGCCCACACAGCUGGUGGGAUUUCUAUACGUUUCCCGCGUUGCACCCGCUUCCGAGAUGACAAAGAUUGGAAAACAGCCACCACUUUACAGCAGCUAAAGGAGCUAUAUCAGAUCUCAAAAGAGAAGUGUGAUUUCACUGUUACGGCCACGUCAUCUCAGGAUGAGGAAGGCUCUUCUGAGAGCAGCAGUCGGGACAAUGAAGCAAACUCUAGACCACCAACACCUAGUGGCUCUGUGAAGAAACCAAAAAGCUCAAGUUCUAAAUCACCUGGCAAAGAUAAAAGAAAUGACAGUGGCAAACUUUCCCAACCAAAGAAAAGCGAUGAACCAGCUAAAGCAGAGAAGAGGAAAAUCGUAUCACCAGUCUCUGUUGAUAGUAAAAAGGUAAAACUCUCCAGUGCAAGUAAUGGCAACGGGCACAAUGUGGCACAACCGUCAGCCACAGCCAAAACCCUUCUGGAUAUAUUCACAGGAGUGAGGCUUUAUCUGCCUGCUUCUCUUGAAGAAUUUUCAAAAUUGCGCCGCUACUUCAUUGCUUAUGACGGUGAUCUCGUCCCAGAAUUUGACGCUCCUUCUGCCACACAUGUGAUGGGGGAUAUUCCUGAAUGUGCUGAGGAUGCCAAGCAUGUGACACCACGUUGGAUAUGGGAAUGCAUUAGACGCAGAAGGCUAGUAGCACCUUGCUGAUGGCUCUGGGCACACACAGUUACUGAC